AUGCUUGGAUAUACUCUGACGCGCGAAAAGCGCAACGCAUAUUUUAUACAGUUAGAGGACGACAGCUGCACUGGUAAUGAGGACACCCGAGCCUUCCUCCUAGGUCAGCUGACUUCGCAACUAGUCUCGGAAGUCUACUGUCUGGCAUGCGGCAUCAUGCUUCCUGUUUACGACCAUUUCCCUCUUAUAGAUGGUGUCCUCUUCAUAUCGCCUGUCUGCCAUCGUGCUUCUGAAAGCCAUACUCGUGGACGAGGUGUCCUAGUCACUUGGGGUGCCAGUGGUAAUGGCUGCAGUGGUAAUGGGGCUUCUAACGUCCUGGUACCUCCUCCAGGCUGUUGUGGACCCCGUCAAGCCCAGACCAGCUCAGGAUGUGGCAAUGGUGGCGGAGGCGAUCGCCAUGUGAAGCAGGGCCGAGCAAAUGGUGGCCAAACGAGGCAGGAACGCUAUCUACAUGCCAUCUGUAUGAAUUGCAUGGGCUCUACUCAUCCGUGCCGUUCUGGUUCUUUACCGACUGCCAAUAUUGCCUUCGAGCGAGCUCAGGAAAUCGCAGUCGGUACUGGAGUUUUGGGGUUGAAACAUUUAGCAUGUGGAGACGAUGACCGACUGAAGAAAAAUAAUAAGCCCUACCAACAACAGCAGUGGCACACUCAUCUAGAGGUACACGAGCAAGAUACAGUAAUAAAUAAUGAAGAGAAGAGGAUUUCGAAUUGCAGUCAAAAUAAACUCAGUCCCGCCAUUCAUAGAAUCCAGUGUCGGUUCUGUGAAAAGCCCUGGUCUGGUAAGCAGAAUCGCGAAAAUUGA